AUGGCACCAGGCUUCCUCGCCGUCUUCUCCGAACCAGGCACUAACGUCUCUCUCGAAGAGUUCCAAGACUGGUACAACAACGAACACAUCCCCCUCCGCCUACACCACCUCCCCUCCUUCCUCACCGGCGCCCGCUUCUCCUCUUCCGACUCCAAAACACCGCGAUGGCUCGCAUUAUACGACAUCACCUCCACCUCCACCUUUUCCGAUGAAUCGUACACCAGCCUACGCACCUCCCGGAGUCAGCGAGAAGCGGAUAUAGUAGCGAGGUUGGAGGUGCUUGAUAGGAGGACGUGUGUCCUGCUUGCGGAUUCGGGGCAGAGUGGUGUGACGACGAGUUUGGGGGCGGAGAGGCCGACGCUGUUUUUGUGUACGCAUGGGUUGGAGUUGGAUGUGGGGGAGGAGGAUGAAGAGGCGAGGGGAUGGGCUGAGCGGAGUUUUGGAGAGCUUGGGAGGAAUGUGGAUGGGUGGGUUCGGACGAGGGUUUUCAAGGUUCUUGAUCAUGGGACGGCGGCGAAGGUGUCCCCGUAUUUCGUUGUUCAUGGUGCGUCCAGUGAUUCGGAGAGAGUUGUUGUUCGUUGCAUUGACCUGGGUGUAUGCGCAGAAUUCAUGUUCCCAGAUGUGUCUUUAAACACGACGUUCAGAGAGGUGGUGGACAAGCCGUUUGUGAGCGAGCUUAGAGAGUGGGUGCUUUACAAGGCCUAUCCGUCCAUCGCCCAGGGGAAUCUGGGGGCCGAUGCAAAAUGA